UUGCAGGAGCGCGUCAGAGCCCUCCGCCAGAGCGGCGCAUGGGAUCUCUAACGGAAUUGAAACGAGAAGCUAAAAAACACAGAAACGGCGACCGCUCACACGGAGGACGAGCAGCGGCGGCCGUGGCGCCGAAUCACCCCGCUGAAUGCUUCCCAACAGCAGCUUAGACACGACAGAACCGCGCGUUAAAGCACAGAGGGGCAAGUCCAGAGCGGACAAUCGGCUGGACUUUAGCCGCACAGCCGAGUCUGUCGUUCAGGCUGCACAAGACUCCGUCUCGGAUGAUUAUCCUUAGGCAGUAAGUAGCGUCCCGGCAUCAAGAGUUGCUGAUGGAAUUCAUCAUAGAGGAACACUGGUGACUGGUGUAGCAACAAGAGCAUAUCCAAGCAGUGACUGAACAACAGUUUGGGGAGGGAGAGCAGGGGGGCAUGCCGAGUGGUGACAGCUGUGAGGAUGGAGAAGAGAACGUCUCUCCUUCUCCAAGGAGAGGAGCUCAGGUGGACCAGACCAGCAGUGAACCAGAGCUGGGACCCAGCGGGAGUGCAUCUAGUGCAGGUCCUCUGUCGGGGUCAGGCUCAGGGGAGGACGAGGAGGCCGAGGAGCGGCCAAGACAGCCAGGGAUAGGGGAGAGCUCAGUGACAUGUGAGGAAAGUGGUGGAGAACCGUCCGGAGGAGAGCAGGGACAGGAGGAUGUGGAGAUGAACAGCGGUCACGACUCCAGCAGUGGAAACGACAGCAUGGGCAGAUCACGCCGUCAUUCGCCGUCAGCCAAUCGGAGCCCAGGGAGCAGCACAGGCUCAGCUAGCGCUAAGAGCUCGAAGUCUGCAACAGGCUCAUCAUCUAGCAGCAUCCGCAGUGCAGCCUCUGGUCAGAGGCACCACACAGGAUGCAACGAGCAGACGGAACAAGAGAGAGGGCACGCCCACCGGGAAAUGAUGCAGACGGUGCAGGAGAUGAAGAAGAGGCUCCCGUCUGAGAAGAGGAGCCGUAGCAAGGCCAGCACAGUGGAAGCCCUCAACUAUGCUCUCAAAUGCGUCAAACAAGUUCAAGCGAACAGUGAGUACUACAAGUUACUGAUGUGCAACGGAUUGGAGGAGAGGAGAGACGCUACCGUUUGCACUCAGGAGCAGUUGGAGGGCAUCACGUCUGAGCACACCCUCAAAAAUACGGACACAUUUGUUAUUGUGUUCUCCCUGGCCACUGGUCGGGUGAUCUAUGCGUCGGAGCAGGCCUCUAGUAUCCUCAACUGCAAGCGCAAGUUCCUGGACUCAGCUAAGUUUGUGGAGCUGCUGUUCCAUCAGGACGUCAAUGUGUUUUACUCUCACACAGCCCAGCCACAUCUGCCUCCCUGGAACGUAGACACGGACAGUGCUGCAGUACUGUUUGAAUCUGCACAAGUCAAGUCCUUCUUCUGUAGAAUCAGAGGGGGGAAGGACCGUGAUGGGGAGAUGCGAUACAACCCGUUCCGGAUCACACCAUACCUGCUGAAAGUGCGGAGUGUUGGUGGGGAAGAGGAACAGCCCUGCUGUUUGGCUUUGGUUGAACGUAUCAUCUCAGGAUAUGAGGCUCCACGUAUUCCUACGGACAAGCGCAUCUUCACUACGACUCAUUCGCCAGGCUGUGUCUUCUUAGAAGUAGAUGACCGUGCUGUGCCUUUGCUUGGCUACCUCCCUCAGGACCUGAUAGGCACAUCGCUGCUCACCUGCAUCCACCCUGAGGACCGCAUGCUCAUGUUGACCAUGCACCGGAAAGUUCUGAAGUAUGCUGGCCAGCCUCCGUUUGAGCACUCUCCUGUUCGUUUCCGCUCUCAGAAUGGAGACUAUGUCACCUUAGACAGCAGCUGGUCCAGCUUUGUUAAUCCCUGGAGCCGUAAGGUGGCCUUCAUCAUUGGCAGGCACAAAGUCCGCACGGGACCUCUGAAUGAAGAUGUGUUUGCUGCACAAAACAAGGUGGAGCCCCUAGUCAUGCAUGAGGAUGUGAAGGAACUGCAGGCCAUUAUCUACAAGCUCUUCCUGCAGCCGGUCCACAACAAUGGCUCGAGUGGCUAUGGCAGCCUGGGAAGCAAUGGCUCCCAUGAGCACUACAUCAGCGUGGCCUCUUCCAGUGACAGCAACGGAAAUCUGUGGGAGGACUCGCACAGAGAACCUGUGACCCUUCAGCAGAUAUGUGCUAAUGUUAAUAAAGUGAAGAGAGGUGGACAGCAGGCUUACCUGGACUCUCGGAGAAAGCUGAGACCUGUUGGAAAAGUCACUACAGAAACACAAGCUCCUCUUCCUCGUGGUGGUCAAGUGCAGAGUCUCCAGGCAUCUCUAGAAGAGUCGCACAGGAAGCAGACGCACAUUCCGUCCUACCAGCAGAUCAACUGCGUAGACAGCAUUAUCAGGUACUUGGAGAGCUGCAGCGGUCCUGCCUUGAAACGGAAGAGUGAAACUCUCUCCAUCGCUGCCUCCUCCUCUUCCUCCACAUCAGAGGAAGACAAGCCCCCUCCUGCCCCACUGGAGGACGUAGCCAAUCGUGAUGGCCCCACCCUCAAGGCCAUGAGCGUUGUGUCCAGCCAGUGCAGCUACAGUAGCACCAUCGUGCACGUUCCCCAGCCUGAGUCUGAAGUGACUGCUCUAGAGGAUGCACCAAUGGGCAGUGAAUCAGCUGACCCAGCUCCAGCCCCUGCUCGGCCAGCUCUUAGCUCCUCCUCUGCAGCCCAGGAAGAAUUCCAUAUAGUGGGGCUCACCAAGGAGGUGCUGUCAGCACACACCCAGAAAGAGGAGCAGGAGUAUGUGGAUCGCUUCAGACAUCGUAUCUUGGAGAGCCCCUUUAGCUCGUACCUGCAACAGGACAAUGGGGGCUGGAACACAUCCCACUCAGGCAAGCCCAAGCACAAACGGCCGAAGCCACAGUGCUCAUCUGACAGUGAUGUCUCGCGGCCAGGCAUGUGCCCACCACUUUGCUCACCUGCUCCCAACAACUCUUCAUCCGAAUCUUCCAAGCCCAAUUUCAUCUCGCCCAUGCUGAUGCCUGUACAGCCCCCCUACUAUCCCAUGGCGGCUCCACCAGGUGCAGAGCAGGCACCAAGCACAGUGCCCAUGGUGUUGCAGCCUGAGCAGAUGCAGUCUAUGCAGCCACUUGUCCAAGUCAUGAACCCCUUCCCUAUUGUGGCAGUCAUCCUCCCGUAUCCUGCCAACUAUGUUUACCCACAGGGCAUACCAGGCAUACAGGGCAUAGGGCCUCAUCCUUCCUUCCACCAGCCACCUUGCAUGUCCAUGGUUGACACCUCUCCUCAGGCGGGACCCAGUGGGAUGCCCCCAGUGCCCAAUACAUUGCUGGACUCCCCAAUCUUGUCCCCAUGGCAAGGGGAAGACUUGGACGGUGCACAGCCUACAGCCCUCUUUUCCAGCUCCAGAUCCAGCAGUCCACUGCAGCUUAACCUGCUGCAGGAGGAGCUGCCCAAGUUGACUGAGCCACAAAGCAGCACUGGCCGACCUGAGAGCCUGCACGAGCAGCAUGCCAAAGGAGUGGAUGCUCCCAGUGAGUCUGGUAACCAAGAUGCUCAGUCUACCUCCAGCGUUAUGUUGGAUCUGCUGUUGCAUGAGGACGCACGCUCAGGCACCGGAUCCAAUGCCUCGGGGAGUGGAUCCGGAGAAUCUGGAGGGUCUCUGGGCUCUGGCUCGGGUCUGGGUUCAAAUGGCACCUCUACCAGCCAUACUGGGAGCAGCAACAGCAGCAAGUACUUUGCCAGUAAUGACUCGUCGGACACCUCAAGGAAGGCCAGGAAGAGCCAGGAGGCACAGGAGCGCACCACCUAUGAAAAGUGUGUGGAGAGCUCCCUGUGGACCAUGAUCCAACACACCCCAGAACCAGUCAUGAUGACCUAUCAGAUCCAUCCCAGGGACCAGGCCCAAGUCCUGAAGGAGGACAGGGAGAAGCUGCUGCUGUUGCAGCCCAUGCAGCCUUGGUUCAGUCAGGAGCAGAAGGAGGAGCUAGCUGAGGUGCAUUCCUGGAUCCAUCGACGCACUGUCCCGGAGGAGAUAAACACGCAGGGUUGUGUCAGCUGCAACACUGCUGGAUUGGAGGGAGGUGAAGUGGCAGCUGACUCUCCGGACCUGACGACUCCAGACAGCUCGUCCCCUCAGAACUGCCCCACAGAGGACAUCACACCCACCUCUGACACCUGACACCCCUCCCCAUUCCAUUUUACUCCAGCACUUGACCAACCAAGCGCCGCUCCCUCCCUCAACCAGACAGACCUUCUUCUCUCCUUUUACGCAAUCAUGUUUAUCCAGUCACAAAGGAGUUUAGAGGAGGCAGAGUUUGCGUUUCUGUGCUACUAGAAGCAUUCAGUCUUCACACAGAUGCAAUUUGAGGGGCGUCCUCACCAUUGGGACCUUAUAAAACAAAGAACAAGGCCCAUUCCAGGUUUGCAAUUGUAUGGUCUGUAUGAAGACCAGGGGAGAGGGAUUUUUUUUCACUCUCUUCCCAGUGAUCGAUUGUUCCAAAUGAUGGACCCACACAACUGUGAAUUUGUAUUUAUAUCAGUAUGCUUGAACUACUUUUCUCUGAUUCCUAUUUUUGUAUUGUCAUGGUUCUAGUUUUGAUUCCUCCAUCUGUAUUAUGUGGAGAAUCGAUUCUCCAACACAGGGUUUUAAUCCUUGGCGUCCUGCGUGAUAUGUUGGCGGGGCAUUACGGCAUUGAUGAAUGCUGUUGGGACAGUUUUAAUUGCUUUGCUGCCUGAUCACAUGACACAUCUAUGGAAGUAUAAAGACUGGUCCAUUCAUGGCCCCUCCAAUUAAGUAUGUAUUGCAUACUCCCUUUAGACAGUGCACAUUCAAAGAGACGUAUAAAGCUCCAACAGCAAGGAGCAUCUCAUCUCCCACUGGCCAAUUUGUGCUUUUUACUCAGCGAGGGGUCUGAUAAGAGGUGGAGGAUGCACUGUAUAUUGCUGCUUUAACCUGUGAUUUAUUUUUCUAGUGUUCUGCCUCAGCUGGAAACCUCUGUGUGUUUUUGGUUUUUCGUCCACAUCAGCCCCCGCCUGCGCACAAGCUUUCCUGCAGGUGUCUCAAACUGUGUGUUGUCCUGUUACUCAGGAGGGAAUGUGUUUUUAGAGAAGAUCGUGUAAGCGGGGCCUUAAUUUGCUGCAGUCAACGUGCUAGCUCAUUUCUCCAUUGACUUUGCUUUCACUUUUGUUCUGCUCCACAGACUCAGUCAUUAGUACCCUAAUUGGGAGCCCUUUUACCUGCAGUGUUUUAUUGUCCCACCAGUCAGCCCUUUCUGGUGAAAGCCGGGUUCAGUUGGUAGCAAAAUACAGAGCGGAGAACUUGAAGAAGAAACCCUGACAAUGGCCUCACAGCAUCUCAAACACUGUUUUGUAAUGAGAUGGUUCAAGGAUCCCCCCUCAAUAAAAAGGCAGAAAGCAUUUAUAUCUCACAGUAGUCCUACAAAUCCCACAACAGCUAGAUAAUUCUCCCGUUAAAUCAUGUUUUUUGCACAGUUUUGUUAAGUAUCUUAACGAACUGAAGCAGAAAAUGUAGCAUUGGACUUUAUCACACAUGCCCCCUACUGACAAACGCAGCAACAAGUCAACCAGCAUUAUGGCUCAACUCUGUACCUUUUUCACCUGUUUUUAUUUUUUAACAUGCAAAGCACUUCAUGGACCUGGCUUGAAAUGCACUUGCUGGAGAUUCUCCACAAGGGGGAGCCAUUAGCUAUUAAGUAGUUUCUGGUGCUUCACAGAAGUGGUAGCAACACUGUGUCCAUGUUUAUUUGCUUUCGCCGUCUACGGUCGAUAAAACGCAAAGUGCAAGAGUCGUUUAAAUGCCAUAACAAAAUUCCCUAUUAAGAUUCCACCCAAUUCUUCAUUUUUUAUUUAUUGGAAUGUUAUGCCAAAAAAGGCGUGUUUUUCCACAUGAAAUCUCUCGUCUUCUCAUGAGUUUGUUCUCUGUGGUUUCCCCUCUUGUCCCAGAUUGGUGUUUAGUGUGUGUCCAUGGUCUGUCGGUCAUGGUGAGGCAUUCUAAUUGUAUGGCCUUGGUGUUGAAAUCGUGAGAGGUGGGCCAUAUAGAGGAAUGCACACUAUCAGUGCCGACGAUGCCGAAUGCUGUUUUCUACAGUUUUAUGGCCGAACAGAAAUAGGGUUUUUUUUGUUUUUGUACAGUUUUUAGCCAAAAUAAAUGUAUAUAACAGUACUAUGUAUUUUACAAAAAAUUGGCGUACAGAAAAAGGAAAAAAGACGAAAAAAAUCCAUUUUUGUCUUGAAUUCAGGGAAGUAUUUUGUGACACCUUGAAAAAAAUGACAAAUAAAAGACCACAGUGACUUGAAA